AAGUUUCCUUCUUUGACAAGGACAAGGAAACAAGGGACUUGGAAGACAAGGAAUUAAUUAUUUUUGACUAAAUAAUUAAUAUCCUCAACACUUCCCCUCAAGCGAAGACAUGAGUGACAAGAAUGUCGAGCUUGAAAAAGGAAAUGUGACGAACAAGCAUGACAAGCUUGAACAACAAAACUCGAGAUGAAUAACAUCUCGGACGAUGUUGAUUUGGAGACGAUUGACUCUCUCCCUUGAACAACCUGAUGAAGACGGUUGACUACAUCUUCUUGAACGUCGUGAUGGAGACGGUUGACUGCGUCUCUUGAAUGACUUGACGGAGACGAUUGACUGCGUCUAUCCGAACGAUAUGGUGGAGGCGGUUGACUGCGCCUCUACCUGGAUGAGAUUGACUGAGAGGUUGUUGACUGCGCCUCUCUUGAAUGAGACAGAUUGAGAGACUUCUGACUAUCGUCUCUCUUGAACAAGAUUGGAGAACCUCCUUGACUGAUACACCGUGGUCGAUAUGCUGAACUGAUUGACCACAUAUUAUGAUGCCCUAUUCUCCCCCUCAAGCUGGAGCAUGAAUGACGUGCCCAGCUUGAAAGUUAAAAAUGGUGAAGACUGAAAUUACCUGAUUUUGAACGUCAAGGGGAGGAUCGCUUCUUUGGAUCGUGACUGCCUCGUUCUACAAUUAACCAACUUUGUUGACUGAAUAAGCUCUAUCUUCCCAACACUAGCUAUUGAAGGGAUGACCACUACAAGUCACAAUUGUCUUCAACGCCAUGACUCUGUUGGUGAAGAUUGGCUUGGCGACACUUUCAACAUGGAUGAAAUAAACAACCGAGGAGUUGUGGGCCUGAUCAGAAGCCAAACAAUCCUCAAUAACCUGGCCCAAACAAAAUUAAAAGGGGAACCUUAGGCGUUCCAUUGUGGAGAGGACGGCCUUGGGCGUUUCAAAACCCUUUCAUCGUGCUUAGUGCUUACAAAAACAAUCACCACCCUUUCAUCUUGACAAAACACAGUGAUUGUGGCAUGAACUUUUAACUUGAUACGAGUUGAACGGUACGACGCGAGGAGCUGCCUUCUACAGGAGAUGGUUGUUGAUGAUGACUUCAUGUGGCGAACAUAGCCUAUGAAGACCGAUGAGAUAACCAGCAUAUUUUGACUGAGAUUGACGUUGGCGGGGCUUACUACCGAGGUCGCUGAUUAUGGGAGACUUCGUAACAGCAGCGAUCACGGUACGACUCGGCGACGUGCGGUGAUGACGAGAAUGACGAUGGCGAGGGAAGAAGACUGGCUGGCGAUGGCGCCGACCUGGAAAGGGUGACAAGAGUGCCGCUACUGAACAAGAUGAUGACCAUUCUUAUCCAGGACAGGGCAGGCGAGGACGCUCACACGAGGCGACGUCGGGAAGAAAAUCAGGCCAUGAUUUGACCUUGCUUCUUGACUAAAGGAUGAACGCCGGGAACCCAACCUUACCGUGAAAUUGACGAAGGUGUCUCACGGUUGGUGCCUUGACUGAUGACCUCGACGAUGGCCUCGCUGACGAAGAUAACAAUGGCGAUAUGGACGAUGACUGGAGACAGAACGAGGAGCUUGGACGGAUACAAAAGCGCUGGGGAUGCGGAUGACGGCCGCAAAGGCUUCAAGAAAGACGAUUCUGACCAGGACUUUAGGCGGCAGGCAGCCUAUGAACAAAGGCAUAGACCGGUUCAGCACCAAGUUUGAGGGACUCGGCGCUGAACUGAAUUGAGGACGACAGCUGUGACUGGGCGACGACCUUCGUGACCAUGUGAUAGGCGACGCGGAAAUUGACGAUUGGUGAAGACGAGAAACAAUGGAGACUGUGGAAGCUCAAAACCCUAGAUAAGGGAUCGAGUUUCGCUCUGAUAUCAUGUAGAAUUUGAUGACGCGGAAGAACGAAAGAACACAGACCACAAGAUUUUUACGUGGUAUCCUCGAUCGAUUGAUUGAUCGAGACUAAUCCACGGUGAGUUCGGAACGAGCUCACGACUGAUAUUUUAUUAGGGACUCUACAUUGUGACAGCUUGCUUACGACAAUCUCGUAGCUAAGCUUAUAUAGACGUAGGGUUAAAACCCUAAUGACAACCAAAUUUCCUUCUUUGACAAGGACAAGGAAACAAGGGACUUGGAAGACAAGGAAUUAAUUAUUUUUGACUAAAUAAUUAAUAUCCUCAACAACAAAGAACUAACAAAGUAAUUAACUUCAAGAAAUUCAAUAUCUUUGAGUAGAACAUCUUAGGCUUUAACCAUGACAAAUAAAUCUAAUAUAUAUGCUGAACCACAAUAGAUUUGAUUCUUUGUUGUUUAUGUAACGUAUUGAUAUAAGAUUUAUUUUCAUAAAUCUUCCAACAAUUUAAGAUAAAUAGUUCUUGAGUGUUCAAACCAGUAAUUUUUUUUUAUCAGGGUAAAAAAGUCGAUUUUUGAUUCUCCACAUAACAAAAAAUAGUCAUUAGUAGAUCGUAUCCUUAGCUUGAAAAAUAUACAAUGGAGAAUAAGUCAGUUUUUGGUUCUCCAAAUGACAACGACAUGGAAUUAAUCAGGGUGGAGAACUUCUGCAGCCUGGUUCCUUGAUAUCAAUUAUUGUCUUCUUCAGUCUCUGCGGAGGACUAAUGAUCUGUAAUUUUGGAAUGGUGUUUUAAUGUUUUCCCUUCUCCAUUACCAUCCUUAUAAAACCCUCUAUUCCUAAACUGGAAAGUGGAAACAUACAUCUUUCCUCCAAUCUAAAGAAACCUUGGUAAGGCAGCCAUGUACAGCAGUUCUCCAUCCUCGCGGCUUCUUGCCCUCAAGCUUGCCUACUGUGCCUUCUUCUUGCUCAUGAUUGCUUGCUGUUCAGCCACUUCUGUUCAAGAUCGAAAGGCAUGCCCCAUAAAUAUAAGUCUUGUAGUUUCCUUAUUACUUCUUCUGUCAAUGGAGUUUCUUCCUUCCAAUCACUGAUUUUUUCAUGGCACUGAUUUAUUCAAUUUCGUUAUUAUUUUGUUUUCUAAAUGUUAAACUAUCGGACUGGUUUAAAAUAACUCAUUGGAUGAGAUUGAAAAAAAUAAAUUUAGGAAGAGGAUUAUAUGUUGAUCUCCUAAUCCAUGAAGAUGGUAGUUGUUGGAGUACCAUUGUCCGUGUUGGCAAGCGUAGAUAAACUCAUCUAGACUCUAAUUUUUCUAGUGUUCAAACAUUAAUGAUUUUCAUCCCCAUCUCUUAGAGAAUCAUUUUUACGAAAACAAAUUUAUCAUAUUCAUCUCCUAUUUGAUACACAUCCAACUCCUAUUUAUCAACAUUAACAUGCGACAUUUUAUACACAUUUAUCACAUAACAUAGUGUAUACACAUUUGUCACUAAAUUAUAAGUCAUGACGUAGUUUAAUACACAUUCGUAUCUUAG